CAGAAUAAAAGUAAAUGCGGAAGUGCGGCAGCAGUCAGUCCGCUGAAGCAAAGCAACAAGUUGAAGUUCGCAGCUGGAAACUUUGUUUUUCUGGGAACCGGAAGAAACCUGAGCGCUCCAUCAUGGCGGAAGUUUACUCCCCGACGACGGCCCCCAAUCCCAAAUCCUCCUGGUUCCUCGUACCGUCGGAGAAUCUGGAUAAAGUUCGCUGUGGAGUCAAAGCCAUCGCAGUGCUGCUGUCCUUCGUGGCCUUCAUCCUGGAGGAGGUGGUGACGAGCUGCGUCAGCUGCUCCGCGCUCUACUUCUUUGAGUUUGUGAGCUGCACGGCCUUCCUCUUCACGCUGCUGCUCCUCACCCUCCUCUCCACCGCACUGCACACGCGUGUGGGCGUCAGCUGCUGGCCCCGCCUGGACUUUGUGUACACCGCAUUAAUCGCUGUGCUGUUCUUCGUCGCCUCCAUCGUUUUUGUUGCAGACAACAGCAACACGACUGUGGAGAAAUGUGCUGUGGCGUUCGGCUUCUUGGCGACGUUGGCGUUCGUCAUCGACCUCGGCUGGUUCGUGAAAACUCGCGGCCACCCCUUUAAGAAAAACGCAAAUCCAGAGUCCAGUAACGGCGGCCCGGUGGCGUCGGAGGCGGAGAGACUCAACACGGGAGAAUAAGUUUCUAUGUUCACACGUUUUAAUUUUUACACACUGUUCCUUUAAGGGGACGGCAGGAGGCGGUGCUUCAGACCUGGCGUCCAUUUUUUUACUCGUUCUAAUGGUGUUCUCAGUCGUGGUUCUCCACAGCGAGGACGCGCCGCCAUCAUGAAUAUAAUCGAUGCUUUAAAUCCGUUCUAAAAGCGGCAGCUGUUGGAAGAUGUUUAGAAAUGAUCAGAACCACGAGACUUCUGGAGGUGACGUCAUCGCAGCUUUAAAGCAAAUAGAAUAUCAUUACAUUUAUUUACAUAACUUCUGCAUAUUUCACUGAAAAUUAAAUUAGUUUUUGGUAUAAAUCACAAAUUAUAAAACAUGCAGGAAAUAAAAUGUUGCUUUAACUUCCUCAGACACAAAAAGUAAAAUAAAUAAAGAAAAUAAUAAAGAAAUAUAACAAUGAAUCUAAGAAUUCACAUUUGUUUCCCGUCCCUGAACGCCUCGUGAAAUUCAGCCAACAAAGAAAAAGUCUUUUUAAUAUGAAAACAUUUAAAGUUAAACGAAGCAUUAAAUGAUUGUUGAUCGUACUUCUGUGGAAACAAUCUGGUUCUUAUUAUUAUUUUAUUAUUUCUGUCGGUUAUUUUCUCACCAAAGUAUCUUUUUCUAUCAAAUCCUGAAAUAAAAAGCUCAGAUGAGUUUCUUCAGAUUCAGACGCUUUAGUGUGAGAAGCAGAACAUCGCCAAACCUUUCCCAUGAGCCUCUUGUUCCCCGCUUUAGAGAGCCCCCCCUCGCAACAUGUCAUCAGAUAACACGCGUUCUGUUCCCUUGAGUUUUCCAAUCGUUUGAUUUCAGGACUUAAUUGUUAAAAUGUCAAAUAAUUCUUUCAAAAGAUUUUAUGAUUUAUUUUUACGUUUUAAUUGUAAAUCUCAAUAAUUUGAAAGUUUUAUUUUAAAUAUUUUACCAGAUGCUUUUUGCAUUUCUGGAAAGUGGAAACAUAGUUUUUAAAAGUCAUUAAAAAGUCUUGAAUCUCAGUUUAAGCUGCAGGAACCCUGGAAUAAAAACCUCAUUCUCAUUUAUUUUCUUCAGUUUUGUCCUCGUGUUUUAUUAAUAUUGACCUGCAGGAAGCUUUAAUAGUUCAUGACACGGCGGUCGUUUCAUCCCAGAACACGGGAAGGUUUAUAUUCCGGAGUUUCUGCAGCAGCUUCAUGUUAAACCAGCCGUGAGAUGAACGUGUGUGUGUCACGUGUGUGUGUCACGUGUGUGUGUGUCACGGUACCUGUGGUUAGUCUGUAGUUCUGACCUCCGGCUGCUUCCAGCUCCACAACAUAUUUUAUUUGAAGCAGUUUCAUAUGUUUAUAAAGCUGAGGUUUAAGUUUUUAAUAUUGUUCGUCUCAGUUUCUGUUUUAAUCACUUUGUGUUUGUUAAAUUUCAUUUCUGAAAUGAAUGAAGGAACUAAAUAUGAUUUGAGGAUAAAGUGAUCAGCUGUUUAUCCCGUUUCCAUUUUACUGAUUUAAAAAAUGUUGAUUUUUAAUUUGUUAGAAGUUUUGAUUUAUUUUCUGUUAUUUACCUUUUUAAUAAUUUAAAGGAAUUCUUCACCUGAACGUUGAAUACGGACCAAAAUAUUUAGAUGUGUUCAGUCGAGGUCCGUUUGACUUUAAUGAAGGAAUAAAGUCAAAAACUAAACAAUCUGUCAAAUGUUUCCAAAUGUUUCAAGAUGAAAGUAAUUUGUGUCUUUCAUACAUUUAUGAGACAAAUCUAAAUUUAAACUUUGUUUUACUGAUUUACAAGAAAAGAAUUGAGUGAACUUAAAGAAGCAUUAUAACUGGUUCUGUCUGGAUGAAUCUGUCAAACAAUAAAAGCUUCAGAUGUUGUUCAGGGUCCAAACUGUUGAUCCUCGACUUUUAUUUUAUACUUUUCUGCUUAAUUUGUUUUUGUCACGGUGACAUUUAUAACUGGGAACAUGUUGACAAUCGUGCAGUAUAUUAAUAACUAAUCAUUGAACACUGGAGUUGUGAAUCUAAGAAAUGUUUUCUUCAUGUCGGAGAAUCCAGAAAUGUUUUUAUAUCGACAACUUUCAUGUUCGGGACCAAGUGAACUUUAUUUUGGAGAAAAUAAUAUGUUUUUGUAAAAUAAACGUUUGUCUCUGAUAUUAUCAUUUCAUUGUUCUGUCAUGUAAUAAACACAUUUUCAAGAAGUAAA